AUGGAGGAACUUGACAAGAGCCAGUUGCAACUUUUGAAAAAUGCUUUUGACGCGUUCGACCACGAGAAAAAGGGUGUUAUCAGCACAGACAUGAUAGGCACCAUCUUGGAAAUGUUGGGCCAUGAACUGGAUGAGGACACCCUAAACGAAAUUAUUACUGAAGUCGAUGUUAACGCAACUGGCGAAUUACAAUUCUCAGACUUUUGUACACUAGCUGCUAAGUUCUUAACAGAGGAGGAAGAAGAUGAUGAAGCUAUCAUUAAAGAACUUAGGGAAGCGUUCCGGUUAUACGAUAGGGAAGGAAACGGAUACAUCACCACAGAUGUAUUAAAGGAGAUCUUUAAAGAAUUAGAUAAUAGUAUCACACCUGAAGACUUGGAUACAAUGAUUGAGGAAAUUGACUCUGACGGCUCCGGAACUGUAGAUUGGGAUGAAUUUCUUGAAGUUAUGACAGGAGAAUAA